GUGUUUUGCAGAAAUUAUUGAGUUAUUUGUGGAGCAAUGGAAAAAAAUGCAUGCCCCGCAAAAACGGAUGGGCCUUCAGUUACUCAAGGUUGUCCAAAGUUGGCAGAACUGCAACAAAAAAAUAACUCGGCAAAUGAAUAAGGUAUCCUCUGAAGAAGGGUUUCGGCCCGAAACGUUGCCUAUUUCCUUCGCUCCAUAGAUGCUGCUGCACCCGCUGAGUUUCUCCAGCUUUUUUGUGUAACCUUCGAUUCUCCAGCAUCUGCAGUUCCUUCUUAAACACGAGCAGCAUUUACAUGGAUUAUAAUGCAACCACACCUAUGGAGAGUGAGGUAAUGCAGACUAUUACUGAGGCCAUGCAGGAGGCCUGGGGAAAUCCAAGCAGUUCUUAUGCACCAGGUAGGAAUGCCAAAGUGUUGAUAGAUUGGGCAAGGGAGACCAUAGCUCAGAUGGUUGGAGGUCACCCAGAAGACAUAAUUUUUACCUCUGGUGGAACUGAGGCUAAUAAUCUAGUAAUUCAUACGGUGGUCAAGUAUUUCUGGAACCAUCAGCGUCAUUUGGCACCGAAGGAUGGGAGAGUCGACCUUGGAGGGAUUGUUCAAGUAUUGCCUCACAUUAUUACAUCAAACGUCGAACAUGACUCGGUGCACCUGGUGGUAGAAAAUCUGGUCAAGGAGGGAAAAGCAAAAGCUACAUUUUUGCCUGUUUCCAAAGUAACUGGAUGCAUUCAAGUUGAUGAUGUGAUAGCUGCUAUUGGGCCAAGCACCUGCCUUAUUUCUAUUAUGCUCGCUAAUAAUGAAACAGGAGUUCUCAUGCCGAUUGCAGAGAUGUGUCGGCGAGUGAAGAUUGUAAAUCACCAGAGAGGCAAGCAAACGCCCAAGAUUCUGCUACAUACAGACGCCGCCCAGGCACUUGGCAAACUGCAAGUUGACGUGCAGGAUCUUGGUGUGGAUUACCUUACCGUCGUGGGACACAAGUUUUAUGGUCCACGUAUUGGAGCACUUUAUGUUCGGGGGCCAAGCACAAGCUCACCAGUGUAUGCCAUGUUCAUUGGUGGAGGCCAAGAAAGGAAGUUCAGACCAGGCACAGAGAACACUCCAAUGAUUGCAGGACUCGGGAAGGCUGCCGAGCUGGUUGUUAAGAAGCUGGAGAUAUAUGCCAGUCAUAUGAAAGAAGUGAGGGAUUACUUGGAAGUAUGCCUGUUGACUGUCUUUGGAAAGGAAAAACUUCAUUUCAACAGCCACUUUCAAGGCUCAGACUGUUUGCCGAAUACCUGCAAUGUGUCCAUUCUUGGGCCUAACUUACAAGGUCGGAAUGUACUGCUGCACUGCCAAAGGCUACUAGCAAGCGUAGGAGCAGCUUGCCAUUCUGAAAAUGUCAAUAGGCCUUCACAUGUGCUACUGAACAGCGGCAUUCCAUAUGAGGUGGCAGAAAAUGCCAUUCGGUUAAGUGUGGGACGGGCAACAUCAAAAGAGGAUGUUGAUACCAUCGUAGAAGAGCUGAAGCUAGCAGUCAAAGAAAUCAAAUUGUGUGCUGCUCAGACUUGAGUAGCACCCAGAGAAGAACUGAUUACUGCCUCAGAAAGGUAGAACUCCACAGAGGAACCAUGUGGCCUUUCCCACCCAGAGGGAGUGACUUUAAUAUUCCAACAAAUUGUGCCAGUUCUUCUUUUGUGAUUAAAUCAAAAACAAUCACA